AUGAGUUCUUUCGGUAAACUCUUCCGUGUCACGACAUUCGGUGAAUCCCAUUGCAAAGGUGUCGGUGCCAUUGUCGAUGGCGUUCCCCCUGGCUUGGAAUUGACAGAAGCUGACAUUCAACCUCAACUCACACGUAGAAGACCUGGCCAAAGCAAGCUUACGACACCUCGUAAUGAAAAUGAUAAAGUGACUAUUAUGUCCGGUACAGAAUUUGGUAUUACACUAGGAACACCUAUCGGUCUGCAAGUCCCUAAUUUGGACCAAAGACCUCACGACUACAGCGACAUGGAUAUCUACCCGCGCCCAUCUCAUGCUGACUACACUUACCUUCAAAAAUACGGAGUUAAAGCGUCCAGUGGAGGUGGUCGUGCUUCGGCACGUGAAACCAUCGGCCGUGUGGCUGCUGGUGCUAUUGCUGAAAAAUACCUACGCCUCGCCUACGGUGUAGAGAUUGUUGCUUUCGCAUCCAGCGUUGGCAAAGUCACCAUGCCCUUUAUCCGAGAAUUAGAGAAUAACGAUGAUAAACCCGAUCCAGAAUUGAUUGAAUUCAUGAACACUUUGACCCGCGAUCAGGUUGAUGCAGAUAUUUCCCGUUGUCCACACCCCCCUACAGCAGAGGCUAUGAAGAAAUUGAUUGCACAAAAAUCGCAUGAAAAGGAUUCAGUAGGAGGAACAGUAACAUGUGUCAUCAGAAAGUGUCCCAUAGGACUUGGUGAACCUUGUUUUGAUAAACUAGAAGCUGUAUUGGCACAUGCUAUGCUAUCUAUACCUGCAACGAAAGGAUUUGAAUUCGGAUCAGGCUUUACCGGUACAAAAAUGUCAGGUUGUGAUCACAAUGACCCUUUCAUUAAAAAGGAAGAUGGUACUUUCGGGACAGCAACAAAUAACUCUGGGGGUAUCCAAGGUGGUAUUUCAAAUGGUGAGAAUAUCUACUUUCGUGUAGCUUUUAAACCUGCCGCUACUAUUUCACAAGAUCAGACUACUGCUAAUUAUGAUGGUGUUACAGGCACUUUGGCUGCUAAGGGCCGUCAUGAUCCCUGUGUAGUGUCUCGUGCUGUACCUAUUGUAGAAGCAAUGGCGGCACUUGUCAUUAUGGAUGCUGCUUUACAACAAGAAUCUCGCCGCUCAGCUAUGUCUAAAUUACCAAGUGUAGAAGUCAAUCAUGCAUUAUUGGGCAAGACUCCAAAAUUGGAAUAA